UCGAUUUGUCGACAUUGGGGAGGAUAAGAACGACUCUUUCUCUUUGCUUUUCGCUUCCUCUUCUCUCUAAAACCCUCUCUGCAAGAAACCCAUCUCUCUCUACUCUCUCGCUUUCUUAAACCCUUUUUUUUUCUCUCUCUCUCUCUCUAAGCCCCUUUUUUCCUAUUUUCCACAAAAGUUUUGGGGGCUGACUCAGAAAAGUCUGGUCUUUUCCUGGCAUUACUGCAUUCCGUAAAUGGCGAUUGAAGAUUACCAGAACCCAAAUCGAGAAAUCAAGCCUAAGAACAGACGAAUCAUGGGAGCUGGUGGACUGGAGGAAGAAGAGACUCAGUGGCCUCCAUGGCUGAAACCUUUACUGAAAGAACACUUCUUUGUUCAAUGCAACGUUCAUGGACACUCACCGAAAACAGAAUGCAACAUGUAUUGCUUAGACUGCACAAAUGGCUCGCUUUGCUCCCUCUGUCUUGCUCACCACAAGGACCAUAGCACGAUUCAGAUAAGGAGAUCGUCUUAUCAUGAUGUGAUAAGGGUCAGUGAGAUUCAGAAGCAUCUAGAUAUCUCCGGCAUUCAGACGUAUGUGAUCAACAGCGCAAAGGUUGUGUUUUUGAAUGAGAGGCCUCAGUCUAAGCCCGGUAAAGGUGUUACUACUACCUGCGAUGUCUGUUAUCGUGGCCUUGUCGACGAUUGCUUUCGCUUCUGCUCUCUUGGCUGCAAGGUCACAGGGACAUCUAAAAGCUUUAAGAAGAGAAUGAAGCAUACACCAAUGGAAUCAGAGAGUUCAAGCCACAGUUCAGGGGUAGAGGAUAACAUUUCAAAUCCACAGAGUUUAAGCCCAUCAACACCGCAGCUUCCUACUUCUUCUUCUCUGCGAAAAAGACGAAGAAAGGGAAUCCCUUACCGAUCUCCACUGCAAUGAGAUUAGAUCUCAAAGAAGAAGCAGCCUGUGUUACAUCUGAAGGUUCCUAAUUAUAUACCAGACAUCCUCAAUACAAGGGCAUAUAGCUCAAUACAAGGCACAGGAAAAAAGGUUUCUACUUUCUCUUACACCGAAGAAUGGCCUUAGGUUUGUGCUACUAAGUAGUCAAGUAACUAGUAAGUGUAUAUAUAUGAUAUCUUCUUGUAUAUUUUCAGUGUGAUGCAAAUGAGGCUAGAGAGUGAGUGAUACUAUGGUGGUUUUAGGAAGUUAAAAGUGGGAAUAAGAUAAAAGUAGUUGGUUUUUGAGUAAGUCCUUGGAUGUAAAUUUGGUUUUGAUAGAUUAUAUGACAAUAACAUUAUAAGUUUUUUGAAAUGGUUAUUCGACAAAUGCAAAGUUAUGCAAAAUCCAAACCAGAGAGAUACAAAAUAUUAUUCCUGUAAUUGGUAAUACAGAUAAAGAAAACACAAGGAAUAAAGACUUGAUCAUGUUACAAAGACAACUUUCGUUUACGAAUCUUUCCUAGACAACCAUUAAUCCUCUGUUCUAGACACUCUAAAGAACAAGAAACAAACUCAUACCUGUACCAGUGGACUUCGUAGUACACAUGAGCCGAGCAACGAUGCUCACAUCCAUCACAUAUAAGCCGAGUGUUACUGUUGUUGCGAAGAACUUUCACUUUGAAACUAAUGUAACGGAAUGUGAAACCGGGUUUCAUGUAAAUGGAAGAACCGAAUAUGCAGUCGAGAUGGAUAGUGACACAACAUUUGUCGCAUGUGUAGAACCAUUCCGUUGAAUCUAGUUCUUUCUCACAUAUGUCACACCAAUACUUGUUCCCAUCAGAGGUUUCUUCUCCGUAACAAAGAGAGAGAGGAUGCUUAUCGUGUUUGUAACGUACCUCGCUAGGAAACGUAGCGCAACGAUAACACAAAUCGAACUCGCAUGUAGUACUACACUGUAGAUGAGAUAGCGAACAGUGUUUCUUGCAAACCUUGCAUAUGAUCUUCUCUUUGUGACGGAGUUCUAAGAUUGGGAAACAUAAAGGAUGUCCAUGGCUUUUAUGUGUGAAGUAAUCAGGGAGUGAAAUGCAUCCAACGUGUAUUCGAAAUAUAUCACUAAGCAAGCAAUUCUUGUCUUUGCACUUGUACCUGAAACCACUGAACCUUUGUUGACAAACGGAACAACUCAUGUCGUCAUAGACUUCUUGAGGAGACGUGUCUAGGAAAAGCUUGUGUUUAUGCAAAGCAUGAUCCAGCUCUCGAGGAAGAUUAGCACAUACCUCGUGGAGAGAGAAACCACAUUGUGUACAAUUGUAGAAGUCACGCGAGUCUAUAGGAAGAACACAGGCAUGACACUGCUUGUCCUCUUGAUCAUCAUCUCCAAGAUCUUUGUACUUCUCGAGUCUUAGGUGAUGUUCGUGACAAAAAUGCUCUAUCAAACUAUCACCUAUCUUCUUGAACGGCGCGACGUUUUCGCUAUUGUCUGGCUCUUCAGGCUCCCACUCGAGUUCUCUCCCGUCCCACACUUCUUUAUGAGACGCACAUUUCGAAUGAGCUACAUAAGAACAUGUUUCUUGAUUGCAAGAAUAUUGACCGUACUUGUCGUCAACGUUCUUGUGGCAAACACGGCAUGAGUAACUUGAAGGGGAGAGGUAAGGAGUGUGAGAAAGACGAUGAUGAUGGCGCGUGAGUUUAAUGACACGUGGUAAGUUGAUACAAGACACAUGGACCAUGUAGUUGCAUUGAAAACAAGCGUAGCUUGGAUCAGAUCGAUUGAUUGACCCACAAGCAUCACAUGGAACUAAUAAAGGCCGUGGAAAAAGAGAGAGAAGAUGGUGAUGGCUUUUAGGGUUUGUGAUAGUGAGUGAAGGGAAUUUAUAGGAGCAAUAAAUAUCUAAACAAAAACUACAAAUGGAACAACGGUAGUAAUACCGAGUUGGGUUCGAUCCACACCAAGUGCAUUUACUAGAUUCAGCUUCGUUCUUACCAUCGAUGAGAUCGAGAGGGUGUUGGAGAUGAUAAGGGUGUAUUAGCUUCUUUGGCUCCGAGUAACAAUCUUUGUGGAACUCAACAUCACAGGUGGUGCAGGAGUAAUACAAAUCAUCUUCCCACACAAACAUAUCUCUGGAACACACGGAACAAACAGAUUUAGGGGUUUCUUUAGAGGUUCGAGGAGAGAGAGUGUGAGGAUGAGCCGGGUGAGAGAGACGACAUAUAGGGUUUGGAUUGGUUUUAGAAUCCAUUUCUUUGAAAGCUUUUGGUUAUGGUCGAUGACUCGAUGUGUUGUUAUGCUCU